CUGGGAGAGAGAGACCCUCUGCUCCAAAAGCUGUCAUUUUUUACAACAAUCCAGGGAGGGAGUAAGACGAGUCAAAUCUCUCCGCAGCUUUUCUCUGGACCAAGGAUCAGAUUCCAGAUUCGACCUUUGCAAGGUUCCUUUGUGGAGGUGGAGGAGGAGUGAGUUGUGCAGAGACACCACAUCCAGAAGGUCAUGGAAGAGAUGGCUAGGAACAGGAAUCCUACAGGUGGUGAUGAGCAGGAGAACUAUAAUUCUGAGGAACAACCCCAGACAUUGUCAGGACCAACAAAGGAGGAAAAGACUGUGGGGGAACAAAAGAAGCAGCAGAAAUAUCCAGCCAAGAAUCAGGGGAAGAGAGUAAUUCCCAGCCAGGCCGAUGCCUGCUUACCACUCCAAAUACGUGCACGGGAGAAAUCCUAUCUGUGCAAAGAGUGUGGCAAGAGUUUUGGGUGUAAGAGGAGCCUGGUUCAACAUCAGAGAAUCCACACUGGGGAGAAACCAUACAAAUGCCUGGAGUGUGGGAAGAACUUUGUUCGACGGGCGCACCUCAAUGUGCAUCAGCAAAUCCACACCGGGGAGAAACCAUAUCCAUGCAUGGAAUGUGGAAAGAGCUUCAGGAAUGGCUCGUACCUUACUUUACAUCAGAGAAUCCACAUACAGGAGAAGCUAUAUAAAUGCCUGCAAUGUGGAAAGAGCUUCUCUCAUAACAAAAGUCUUGCUUUCCACGAAAGAGCUCACAGAGGAGAGAAACCACACAUAUGCCUGGAAUGUGGAAAGAGCUUUAGUUACACCUCCAGCCUUAUUUCACAUCAGAGGAUUCACACUGGAGAGAAACCAUACAAAUGCCUGGAGUGUGGGAACACCUUCAGUCACAGCAGUACCCUAAAUGAGCAUCAAAAAACACACACAAGGAAAAAACCUUAUUCCUGUCUGGAAUGUCAGAAAAGCUUCUCUAGCAUUACAUGUCUCACUAGACACAGGAGAGUUCACACAGGAGAGAAGCCAUAUACCUGUGCAUUGUGCGGAAAGAACUUCAGUCAUAGCACAGGCCUAGCUUCCCACAGGAGGACUCACACUGGGGAGAAACCAUAUAAGUGCUUGGAGUGUGGCAAAACCUUUACGCAGGGCUCACACCUUCUGUUACAUCAACGAGUCCACCGAGGGGAGAAGCCGUAUGAAUGUUUUGAGUGUGGAAAGAGAUUUAGUCAGGGCUCACAUCUGACGCAGCAUCAGCGAAUCCACACAGGCGAGAAGCCUCACAAAUGCCUGAUAUGUGGGAAAAGCUUCAGUAUUCGCACAUACCUGACUUCCCAUCAAAGAAUCCAUACAGGGGAGAGGCCCUAUAAAUGCUCGGAGUGUGGAAAGAGCUUCACUCAGAGCGGAAGCCUCAUUAUACAUAGAAGAAUUCACAGUGGAGAGAAGCCAUUUUCUUGCUCCGAGUGUGGAAAGAGCUUCAUCUGCGGAACAAGCCUCACUUACCAUCAGAGAGUCCACACACGGAACAGGCCGUACGAAUGCUUGGAGUGUGGGAAGAGCUUCGUUAGUAGGAGAAAUCUCCUUGUUCAUCGGCGAGUUCAUGUAGUCAAGAAGCCAUAGAAAUGGAGUGUGGAAAGAGCUUGUGUCACAAUGCAAGUUUCACUAGAAAAAAGAUGUAGAUGUCGUCACAGUCAAAAUCAAAAUAUCCCCGCUAGGAAAUUCCCUCAAUAAGCUUGGUGUGUGGAACGAACUUGAUCAAUCAGAAAUCUCAGUCACUAGAGAAAUCAUAAAAGGAUCUGGUAUGUAGAAGGAGAAUCUGUCAGAGUAUGAAGGGGUCACCAUCUGCACCCUCUCUGCCCCAUACACACAUACACAUGAAGGGGUCACCAUCUGCACCCUUUCUGACACACACACACACAAACACACACACACACACACUAGGCAGUUACUCCAGGUUCUCAUGAGGAGGGAAGUGACUCUUGGGAACUGGGGGAUGAGAAGCACCUGGCAGGAUGGGAGGAGGACCCAUCAGUGACCUGUGACACCUGCUGCAGGAUUGACGGAGGAAGAUGAGAUCUGGGGCUGAGCGGUGGACGAAACAAAGCCCAUAGUUUGUGCGACAGGUGAAUUGAUCUAGGGCAGGGAGGAUGACUCUUGGCGGGUGUUGGGGAGCAGCUUUUCUGUCACAGGACAAUUCCAGAGAAGAAAUAGACCUCCAUUCCACCAGCUCCCAGGAAGGCUUCUGCCCCACCAACUCUGUAAUGCUUAUGGAAGUGGCACCCUUGCUGUGGAAUUCCAUCAGAAAUUAGACAGGCUCUCUCCUUACCGAUCUUUAGAAGAAUUAAUAAAGAUAUAAUUAUUAGGGAGGCCUUUGGCAACAUGCUAGGUAACUUCUGAGACCUACACACUAUAGUCACUAUUGAUUAUUUUUCUUAUACUACUGCAUAUUUUGUUUAUUAUAUUUUGGUUCAUGUUAACAUGACAUGAUUUAAGUUACCAGGUAUCAAUCUUGGAUUGCCUUUUCUGUUUAAGUCUGUGGUAUGUUGCAUUUUCAUCUUUAACUAUUUUAGUUGUUAUAUGUUUUGCCUACUUUUGUAAACCACCCCAAGUAGUAUUCUCAGUAAGUGGGGUGGUCUAUAAACUUAAUAAAUAAAUGUUGGCACUAGCAUCAUAAUCUGCUCCUGGGUCUUGUUUUGGCAGAAAGAAUACAGCUUCUCCAUCUCCGACUUCCAAUUACUCCAAUUACUUGCUUGGUUUCUAUAUUGGGCAUCUCUUAAUGUCCAUACGUACAGUUGUGCAUUUGGUUACUUGAAGCACGGACUUGCAAAAAACAUG